AUGGAGCAGCCCGCCCCAGAGCGACAAUGGACGGAGCAUGAGAAGGUAUACCUACUUGCCGAGAUAGUAAAGGCAGCCCCAGUACCCUCUCAUGUCCUCUAUGGCUUCAUUCGCGACAACCAAAUUCAGGUGCGGUGGAACGACAUGGCCCUGCCCUCUGGCCGCUCAGUCCACUCAUGCCAAAGAGCAUAUGGCGACAUCGCCAAUUCCUUCUCUACGACUGCUUAUGGCCGUCCUCCGUUACCCAACCCGAGCAUGUACCCUGGCUCCGAACUUGCUAGAAAACGCCCUCACCCGCAAGACAUGGCUCCGAUUGGGCGCCUUCUGCAACCUCGUCCGCCCCACCCAUAUGCCAGCGAGUAUGUCUCCGCCGGCGGCCCUGCAUACGCGUCCUCGAACAAUGCUGGUAACGAACCUGCGAACAAGAAGAAGCGGGGAAGACCAACCAAGGCAGAGGCGCAGCAGAGGGCGCAGGAGGCAGCUGCACGCGGCGAAGUCUAUCCCCCUCCACGAAGAGGGCGACAAUCAAACACAGCCCAGCCCGAACCUUCUUCUUCUGGCCCCAGCCCAGAACAACGACCAGAAGCGCAAACCCCACCAUUAUCGAUGAGACACGCUCUGCCCACGAACGCCAUGACCCCACAGCACCAGGUCCAUGCAGAACAAAGCUCCGAAUCCUCUUCGGGCAAAAAGCGGCGCACGCGCCCCCAGCCAUUGGAAUUAGAGAAACCUCAACGACAUUCCAGCGAAAUGCAGUCUCCUCUCACCUACGGGUCUGCGGAUCCCAAUCGCAAUCACGCGUACUCUUCUUAUACGCCCAUCUCUGCGCCCUUGCCAUCUUCAGCGGGCUCUAGAGAUAGAGAAACGCGAAUGGAAGGGAUCGAAGAGGCUCAACCACGAACCACGACACCUCACUCUUUUAAAGACACGGUCGGCAUAUGA